UGUUCUUCUCUGCAUAUUGUUGAAUUUUUAAAAAUUUUUGAUUUGAAAGUUUUUGUUUCAUUUGAGGAAAUGAUUUGUGCAAUCGAUUUUGGCACUGCUUCGUUGAAAGUCUCCGUACUGCCGGUUUAUGGCUCGGAAAAUGACUCAAUUGCAUCACAACAAUUAGAAAGCAACGCUGAUGUUGUUGGUCUGCCUCCGGGGUAUAGAGAGCAGUCGCCUUAUAAAAUUUUUGAUAACUUGAAAGCUGCCACGACAAAUAUACUGCUCCAUUUGAAUGAUGUCGAUCAUGUAAUAAUGACUGGUCAAAUGCACGGCAUAGUGACAUGGGAAGAUGUUUCUUUCGACUUAUCUGCUGAUUUGGAAUCAGUCUUGGAAAGUGCUAGGGUUUCAAAUUUAAUAACCUGGGAAGAUCAGAGGUUGACUGAUACUUUUUUGGCUGAAAAUCCUUCGAUUCAUCCCGGCUAUGGACUUGCAUCUCUUUUGUUUGAAAAUUAUGGCUCAUCAUCAUCUAAAAUGUCAGGAAAGUAUUGGGGCUCGAUCAUGGAUUUCUUCGCAUGGAUGUUUUUAGGAUGUCCUCGUAACUAUACCGUGAAAACAACGAGCCAACUGGCCAACAGUUUCGGAUAUUUUGAUCCGUUAAAAAAUUCGUUCGAUUAUGAUACUCUUAGGGCGAGAAAAUUUCCAGUAGAAACACUUCCCUCGAUCGUGUCAGAUUGUACAAUUAUGGGACUGACAAAGAGCACUGUGCUUGGCUUUCCUGAAGGAGUUAAAGUUCUGGUUCCGAUGGGCGAUACUCAAUGUGCGUUCUACUCGGUUAUUAGAUCCUGUACCGACAGUUUGGUAUUAAAUUUGGGUACUUCAUGUCAAAUUGGAAAAGUUCUAUCCUCGGAGGAGAUUGUUUUAAUGACAAAUGGCGCGUUGCAGGGUCUUGAGUUUUUUCCGUAUAUUGGUGAAACGUUUUUGGCUGUUUUUGCAUCAAUGAAUGGAGGGAAUAAUCUGGAACAAUUUGUUGAGCAUGUUUUUGCACCCUUAAUAUGUGGAGUGUUAAAUGAUUCAGAUAAAAGUUCGCCGCCAAUCGAUGAUAUUUACAAGGUUUUUAUUGACGCUGGAAUAUUGGAACAUUGCAGAGGUAGCCGUAACCCUGGUGUUCAGUUUCAAGGCGACCUUUACUCAGAACGGAACAGUCAUUCAGUUUCAGCAAGUACCAGCCAUGCAUCGCUAUUAUGCUUGUCUUCUUUAUCAUGCAAUCUAGGCCAAAUUUCUUUGGCGAUUCAUAGAGGCCUUAUUAACAAUGCACGAGACGUGUUCAUUAAAGCUUCGAACGGAAAGUUGCUUUACGAUAAGGUCGUUGCGGUUGGAAAUAUAUUCAGAAAAAACCAACUGUUGAAUAAAUUAGUACGGGAAAUUUUCCCUGGAUGUGUAAUAUCCGAUAGCGAUUCCUCGCGAGGAGCUGCAUUGUUUGUUAGAGAUAACGUGAAAAAUUUACAUACAUAAUAUUUAGUUAAAGUAUUUCGAAGAUUUAUUUAUAAAUGGUUUAGAAGUAUAACUCCUCAAUAGAAAAUUCAUGGUAUGUGUUAUUUUAGCUUUCCAUUUUUAGUUUUAAAGAGUUUAUGAUCACGGAUUUUAUUCGUAUGUGUCAUCAAAGUGAUGUGAUCGAAUAUACUGAAAGAUAAGGAGGCUCUUAAGUCAAAUACCUUAAUUAUGUAUGGUCCAAAUAAGGCAACUUUUUAGUGACGCCAAAUAUUUCAAAAAACCUGCCAUCAAUUUCCAGGUUGAAUUAUGCACUGAUUGCGUUUGCGAUCACCAAAAGGUAUUGAAACCUAGUAGGAGUAGUAGAUUUUUUUAAUACAUGUACUAGACAACGAUGGUGAAGGAACUAUGGUUAGGAUGGGUUUUCUCUUGUUAUUUCAAAUAUAUUCAAGAACUUAUAGAUGAGCUUAAAGCUUUUCAGACUCAUUUACAGCUUCGAAUAGGAUAAGAGCAGCGAAUGUCAUUUCCAAAUCAAAAUUGAAUUUGAGCUUUUUCGAACCUAAAUUUUAUUAUUGUUACUUAGUCUCGAAGCUUUCUUUGCCUAUUUCUGUAAUUAGCCUCCAGCCCAACUCCCACCACUCACGCUUGAGUCUUUUCUCCGCGGAGGAGAGAGAUGCAAUCCAUUUUGCAAUCCUUGAGGAGGCGGAUGACACUGGGACUCCUCCAAUCAAGACGGAAGCGGGAUUCGAAUCCUCGACGUUUGUGUUAAAGGCUCCGCGUCUUAACCACUCGGGCACGGCUGCUCAUGCCGGUUUCUGUCAAUUAGCUAUUUAUGUCGUAUAUCGCAAGAAGUGGGAGGCUUCCCUUCGCCUCUGUUUGUAAAAGUUUUAAAGUUGCAGUAAUUCCUUCCAAAAUUUCGUUUCUUUUGGAAUUUUACACUAAACAAAAAACAUUUUUAAGCUUUUAUUAUUCGAUUUGUCGGUUGAUGUGCAAUUAGUUGUAGUCAUUCAGUUUUGUAUUACAAGUGGCGCGAAGCUCUCUUUUCGCCUCUGUGUUAAUUUAGUGAUUUAUGAUGUUUGAGGAUCGAUGGAUCGUGCGUACUUUUGAAUAUCGAGUUUUUGCAGAUUUUCGCCUAUUUUUUUUUCCAUGUCUGCAUCCUGGCAUAGAUUUCUAUAUCAUUGUAGAAAAAGCCACUUCGUCCCCGUUGAAUGGUCAAGUGAGUUCGGUUUUUUCUGCACUUCCUAUUUUGCUACUGAAUGACUAAAUUGGAUCGAUUUGUUUCUAAAAGGUUAUCAAUUCGAGUUUGCGCUGGUGUUAUACUUGAGUAACGAAAAUUUUUUUUUCUAAUCACCCACAAAAUGGUUUUACCCAAAAUCAAGUACGAAGAACGCAAGGCUCAUGCUGUCGAAUGAUUACGUUAGCGAGCGCUAUCAAAUCGGAAUCUAUUUUUUUUGGGUUAAACAACUUGUUUAACUGAAUCUUUUGAAUCAUUUGCUAGUUUAGUUUUAAAUGAAGCUAGUUAUCUGUGCUUGUCUGGCGCCUUUGGUCUAGAUACAAAAAAUGGGCCUGGGCCGACAAAUGUCCUGGGUUUGAAUCUGGCCAAGAUCAGUUCUUUUUUUUUCAAGCGAAAAAGAAUCCAUUUAAAGCAAAUGGUCUGUCUUUUGUUUGGCUGCUUAUGUUUUGUUAACCUAGUUGCCUCGGAUUUUUCUUGAGCUGCAAGUGGUUUUCAUUGCACUUAUAC